CCCCCUCCCGCCCCCCCCCCAGCCCUCUCAAAAAACAAAUUCUGGAUCCAAGCAUGCCACAACAGCAGCUAGGUAUCCGCCUAUCCUCCCCCAAAGUCACCGCAGGCGCAGCAGCAGGCUUCCCCCGUCCGAGAGAGCACGGAGACUCCACCGAGUGAUGCCACUACUGCAGCAAGAAAAGCACCCAGCAACCGCGCAUAUUCUCGACGCCUGCCGGAGGACCCGACAUCACAAUCUCGGCCCUUGACAGAAGAGAGAGCCCCCCCCCCACCCCCACCCCCCCACGGCUCCGUUCCCGUCCCGACUCCAGGAUGUCCGACAGCAACGCAAGUCCCGCCGACCGGGUGAUCAAAUCGGUCCCCUUCCCCCUGGCCCACCGGCUGACCAUGAAGGAGGUGUUUGACGCCGAGGGCCGGCCGCGGGUUGACCUGCUUAAAGCUCAUCUCACCAAGGAGGGCCGGCUGGAGGAGGCCGUGGCCCUGCGCAUCAUCGAUGAGGGUGCCGCCAUCCUGCGCCAGGAGCGCACUAUGUUGGACAUUGAGGCACCAGUCACGGUGUGUGGCGAUAUCCACGGCCAGUUCUUCGACCUGAUGAAGUUGUUCGAAGUGGGAGGUUCGCCCGCCAACACACGCUACCUCUUCCUAGGGGACUAUGUGGACAGGGGCUACUUCAGUAUCGAGUGUGUGUUGUACCUGUGGUCACUGAAAAUCCUCUACCCAAAGACGCUUUUUCUUCUACGGGGAAACCAUGAAUGUAGACAUCUGACCGAAUAUUUCACCUUCAAACAAGAAUGUAAGAUCAAGUACUCGGAGCAGGUGUAUGAUUCCUGCAUGGAGGCGUUUGAUUGCCUGCCCCUGGCAGCCCUGAUGAACCAGCAGUUCCUGUGUGUGCAUGGGGGACUUUCACCAGAGAUCCACACGCUGGACGACAUCAAAAAGUUGGACCGGUUCAAGGAGCCCCCAGCGUUUGGGCCCAUGUGCGACCUGUUGUGGGCAGACCCCCUUGAAGACUUUGGCAACGAGAAGACCCAGGAGUACUUUGGGCACAACACAGUUAGAGGCUGCUCCUAUUUCUACAGUUACCCGGCAGUGUGCGAGUUCCUACAGACCAACAACCUGCUGUCAAUCAUCAGAGCGCAUGAAGCACAGGAUGCUGGGUACCGCAUGUACAGGAAGAGUCAGACUACAGGUUUCCCCUCCCUCAUCACCAUCUUCUCUGCUCCAAACUACCUGGAUGUCUACAAUAACAAAGCGGCGGUGUUGAAGUAUGAGAACAACGUGAUGAACAUCCGUCAGUUCAACUGUUCUCCUCAUCCCUACUGGCUGCCCAACUUCAUGGAUGUCUUCACCUGGUCACUGCCUUUUGUGGGAGAAAAGGUGACUGAGAUGUUGGUCAAUGUCCUGAGUAUCUGCUCUGACGACGAGCUCAUGAACGACGGAGAGGAGAUCUUCGACGCCAGUGCAGCAGCAGCAAGGAAAGAGGUGAUCAAAAACAAAAUCCGAGCCAUUGGGAAGAUGGCCAAAAUGUUCUCUGUUCUACGGGAGGAGAGUGAGAACGUGUUGACCUUGAAAGGAUUGACCCCUACAGGCAUGCUGCCCAGCGGAGUGCUGUCUGGGGGCAAACAGACCCUGCAGAGUGCUACCAUUGAGGCCAUAGAAGCCAUCGAGACAGUUAAGGACGCUGAAGCCAUCCGAGGCUUCUCCCCGCAGCAUCGGAUCAGCAGCUUCGAGGAGGCCAAAGGUCUGGACCGGAUCAACGAGAGGAUGCCGCCACGACGCGACGCCGUCAACAGCGUGGGCCUGUCGAUGGGCCGCAUGAACAUGGGAGAGCCCAAUGGGACCGACAGCAACAGCAAUAUACAGUGAUGGACAUACACUCCCACAUGCCCAGACACAUACCUGCAGUUACAACACUGAUAUGGUACCAUAUUUAUAGAUACGUGUACAUAGGCAUAUAUACACAAGAAAAAUGCAUCACACACAAACACAGUAUUUCAUACACUGAAUAGGCUACAAACAACAUCACACACACAUGCAAUCACACACACAAUUACCUACCCCUUUCCCGUUGCCCUCAGCUGUAUGUAAAGGCAUGAGCGUACCCGGACUUUACCACCAAAGGCUGAGUCUCUUCACUGAACUGAUCAGCCCUAUUUAGAGAACUACAACUCCCAUGUACCUGCACCACAACAGGAAAGAAACUACAAAAACACUCCUCAUGCAAAACAGUAGGAGCUGCUGGCCACUGUGUAUUUGGGGGUCACCGGUGGGUUGACAGUGUCAGCAUGAAGUGGCUGUAUCAGUGGCGUGUGUUGUGUCGGGCGGUUAUGUCGGUCCAGUGGGGGGAGAGUUGUGGCGAUCAUGGAUGGGAGCGUUAAAGAUACGUAUGGUUCUUUUUCCUGUUUGCAUCCCAAAACAGGAAGUUGAAUCAAACUUGCGAUAAGUUGAUUUUUAUAGGGUCGUGGAUAUUCCUGCGUGUGUGCGUGCACAUGCUUCAACAUGUAAAUGUCCGUGCGGUUAUAUUUGAAAAUGUGUUUCUGUUUGCAAAUCUCAGAUUUGCAGAUCUCGUCAUCAGCGAGGCAACAGUGAGAAAAAGUUGGAUGUGUGGUGUGGUGGUUUAUCUGUCGGCGAGAGACGUGUGGAGAUAAUCUCAGCUGCAGUCUAAUCUGAGCCCUUGCUGUUUUUUCUUCAUGGGAGGAAAUUCCCGUUUGCUUUUGUAGCACUGCACUGUACCCAUCCUCAAGUGGAGGCCCCCCCCCCCCCACCACCACCAAAAAAAAAAAAAAAUAAUGUAGUCCCAGGCCAGAGGAAAGGUUUGAAACAGGGCCCGGAUCAGAUUUGAAGCAAGUGUUUCUCCCUACCUGCCGUGUGUAAAUAGGAUACAUAGAGAGGUUCUAUUGCACAUCUGAUGCAUAUGGUCACAGGAUUCAAGAUGCAGUAUAACAGAAUUAGGAUGCUUUAGGUAUGUGAGGGAGUUGGGGGGAGUUGAAAUGUGAAGUCAUGCUCUAUUCAUUCUCUUUCUACAUCCUCCUUUCUUCCUGUGUUGCUGUCUGCUACCAAACAGCAGUGAUGGCCGGUAAUGUCCGGCCUAAAAACCAGGAAAUGAUAUUUCACAGAGGAAACAGACUCUUCUGGUGACGGCAGCAGCCAAGACAACAAGGAGAAGUCAAAAGAAAAAGGUCUUUGUAAAGCAUUUAUAUUAACGCAUCAGUGCAUGCAGAGUUAAGUUCUUUGAUAAUAAUGUGAAGAUUAUAUUUGUGCUCUGUGUUUCACUAUGGUAGGAAAUUUUUUCUUCUUGUUUUUCUGGGUAAUAUAAAUGAACUGAGGAAUAAUGAAUAAUUUAUUUUGUACAUAAUGUUAAUUUAAUUUAUUUUUUGUAUUCAUUUUGUGUUAUAUUCUGUUUUGUUUUUUUCAUGUUUCUCUUUUUUUUCUUUUUCACAACCUGUGUUUCCGGUUUCUUUCAACGCUGUACAGAAUGACAGUACGCUUCUAUUCAAAGUGUCAAGUCCACGUUCUCUCCUCUCUUCUUUGUCGAUGUACAGGAGUUGUUUUUAAUGAUAAAUAUGAAUAAUGAUAAACAAAUAUUAAACUAGCAUUGAUGAAUGACCAUACUAUAUACAGAGGCACAGGCAUUCAGGCAGCCAAAAGCAUGAUUGCAUGGUUAAAAUUUGCGCUGUUCAAAGCAAAAAGCAGCAAGACACAUUUUAACAGAAGAGCCGGUGUGUUGCCGUCACAAUUUAAAGGAAAAAAGUGUACUCUCUCUGAUCAUAAUUCUUGAUGAUUCCUCUUGUUAUUUGAUGAUAUUUAUGAUUCUAUGAUUAUUAUGAUUCUAUUUAUUAUGGACAUUAUUCUUAAUAUUUAAGCUCUCUCUCUCUGCUGGUUGCUCUUCAUGUUGCGUUGCUCCUUGGUUGAUCUUGUUGUGCUUCUUUGGGAGAGGUGAACCCCCCUGGGAGACCCUGUGCCAUAGAAAUUGUGCCACGGUUCUUACUUUCUUUCUCUCUCUCUCUUUCUCUCUCUCAAUCUCUCUCUCUCUCUCUCUCUCUCUCUCUCUCUCUCUCUCUCUCUCUCUCUCUCUCUCUCUCUCUCUCUGCUCUCUUUCUGUUUUGACUCCCCAGUCACUAACACUGUAAGCAUGCCCCAUGGGACGAUCCACUUUUUUACUCUUGAAUAAAAUAUGCAUGAACCUUU